ACUGCCAUCGGUGGGGCAAACUGUUAACAUACUUAGCCAUUAACCAGAAGGCUGGAGGCUCAAGUCCUCUACUUCUUAAAAAUCAGCCAUUGAAAACUGUAAGGAGCACAGCUCUAUUCUGACACAUGGGGUCUCCACGAGGGUGAACUGUCUUGAGGACUGCUGGUUUACUAGUUAAUGUUAGAUGAGCCCCGUGGCGCAAAUGGUGUGAACUGCAGGUGCCAUCACCUGAACCAAGGCCCUAUUUAGCAUAGGAAGGUUUUGCUAAGGGACUUCUGUCAAAGGAAAUGAAUGCAGUGACUUAAGGAUUUUGUGUUACAGGCUGUGCCCUGGUCACUUGAAGGGAAACGUGUUUUUUCCUGUUUGGUUCCCGCACAGGUUUACUGCAGCCACUGCAGAGCCUGGGCUUUAGUUAAACAAAGACAGUCCAGGAAUUCCUGGUAGCUGGACUUUCAAAGUUGAUUCUCCUCUUUUCAAUACAUGUAACUAAAAGACCAUCUUUCCAAAAAGGAAAGAUAAGGAAAGAGAGAAAGAAGAGACAACCGAAACUAAUUUUGUUGUUGUUGUUACACUAAGCCAAACUCUAUUUUAGCUAAAUAGUGGCCAUAUAGCUUUCUUUCUGUAGCAAGUUAUGCUUAGAAAACUGAUUGCUAAAGCAGGAAGCUUGGUUUUCAGAAUUCUACUGUAAUCCAGGGUGGAAAAAUGUGUCACCCAGAUGCCAUUUGUGGAUUACUGAGUAAUAAUCCUUCCUUGUCCUAGAAGAUUAAGUCUGCCCUGGGGUAGCUGUGGUCAGCUGACUGGUUUAACAAAUACAUAAAUUGUAGUUUCUUAUUGUAAUUCUGCCCAGGUCUGAUGUUUGCUUAAAGCCUUUGGCCAUUUGGGUGAUACAGCAGUAGCUGGCCCGCCUUUGUUGACUGAAGAAAACUCUGGCUCCGCUGCCCAGGUUGUUCGUUAUUGACUAAAAUUAACAGCAGGUGGUGGAUAGAGCCCCUCCUAAGAUUGCUCGGGUCAAGUCAUUUAUUAAACCAGUCUGCUCAGUUUGCUUGUCCUGAGGGCACAGAGCUCUCAGAAGGAAGUGUCUCACCUGUGCCUGGGAGCCAGGGUCUCUAAACCCUGGGGUUAACUUCUCCAGCGAGGUUGCGCCAUGCAGGGAUCUAAGGAACUAUGACCAAAGCCGGACUUACCUGAAGAAUAAUAGCAACUGGCUGUGAAACCAUGCGUCCUGCAUUUGUCUGGAAUGGAUGUUGGUAGAGACAUGGACUUAGAUGAGGACUACCAGUCCCCAUUUGAUUUUAAUAUAGGAGUGAACAAAAGCUAUCUCUACUUGUCCCCGAGUGGGAAUUCAUCGCCACCUGGAUCACCUACUCUUCAGAAGUGUGGUGUGCUGAGAACAGACCCAGUACCGGAGGAAGGGGAAGAUGCUGCUGCCACAAUCAGUACCGCAGAGGCCCUGUCAGAGGAGGAACAAGAAGAGCUAAGAAGAGAACUUGCAAAGGUAGAAGAGGAAAUCCAGACUCUGUCUCAGGUAUUAGCAGCAAAAGAGAAGCAUCUAGCAGAGAUCAAGCGGAAACUUGGAAUCAGUUCACUACAGGAAAUAAAGCAGAACAUUGCCAAAGGGUGGCAAGACGUGACAGCAACAUCUGCAUACAAGAAGACAUCUGAAACCUUGUCUCAGGCUGGACAGAAGGCUUCUGCUGCUUUUUCAUCUGUUGGAUCCGUCAUCACUAAAAAGCUGGAAGAUGUAAAUAUACGCUCCAUUCAGCAUUCAAUUAGCAUGCCUGCUAUGAGAAACUCCCCGACUUUCAAAUCAUUUGAAGAAAAGGUUGAAAACUUAAAGUCUAAAGUAGGGGGAACCAAGCCUGCUGGUGGCGAUUUUGGAGACGUCUUGAACUCGACUGCAAAUGCUAGUGCCACCACUACGGAGCCUCUUAUAGAGCAGACCCCGGAGAACCCUUGAGAUGUCUACCCUUAUUCCGCUCCCCACUGCCAGAUGCUGCAAAUAUGGAGAGGACCAGGAGCAGCUAUACUGAAUCAAUGCAUCAAGCAAAGCUGAAAAAACUACAUGCUGGCAAUCAAAAGACAUUUAUUAAGUGACUGCUGCAUAAGUGCCAGACCAGAUGCCAUGGGCAAUAUGUCAGGAUCACACGUGUUUCUUUGUAACUCUUCAAACCCUGACGACUUCUGGACAUGCUGAAGAGACAUUUCCCCAUUCAGUACUCCUUAUUUUUAUUGCCUGCCCAAAUCUAACUGGAUUAAUUGUAGAGACCAUGUUGGGUCACAGUUAUUAUAAAACAUUAUCACUUCUAGGCAAAUCCAGAAACCUUAGAUUCAACCUUUUCCAUAUAGUUUUCCCUGAAUAUAAAUUUAUAAUUCCUUUGAAAACAAAAUGGACCAAAAGGCUUUUCAUUAUACAGAGGUCAUUCUUGGUUUGCAAGCCCCCAGAGGGCAAGGCCUGCAUGUGGCUGCCACCUGCCAGGAUUUCUAAAGUUCUUGUCAACUCUUGUAUAUAAUCUUGAUGCUACUUAGUGAGGUUGGUUGAUAGUGUGGUUAUUAUAAUUUGUUGGUUUUCCUAUCACAUAGUAAAAGCCAACUGAAUUGUGUUGAUUCAGUAUUUCUAAGUGGGUAUGGUCUUUCACUUUAACACUAUCCAUUUCAACACAUUUUAAAGUUUUCCCUUUGGUUUCUAGGAUUAAUACUUAUUUUCUAGUUUGACUAUUAGUAUUUUUUUUGUCCAACUCCUAAAAUGUUCUUCCACAUAACCUCUUUACUGGCCUUAUCCAUUUCUAAGGCUGAAAUCACUGUCUUUACAGUGAUCCUAGUAUCUCCCUAGCCCUAUCCUUUCUUCCAAGUUUUCAUACAUGAAUUUCCUUUUUUCCCCAUGAAUUCCUACCUACCUCCUGGUCAGCUUCACCUAGCCACUACCAACUGAGCUUUUGGCAGGUGCCUGACAUUUCACACUCAUCCGCUUUAAUUCUUUCCUUAGGGAUGUGGUGGUAUCCCCAUUUUACAGAUGAGGCUGCAGCCUGUAGAGAUGAAGCCAGGACUUGAACUAUUUUCAAUCAUUUCCGUAACCACCCACCAUUAUUAAUAUCAUCUUGCAAAGCAUAGUAACAACUUUCAAGCUAUAGAGAAAAAAAAAAAAAAGCUUUAUUUUUAAUAAAGUAAGAAGGAAGGUGCAGUUCAAGGAGUAGACCAGAACCCGAAUCCCUAAGGUGCCAUGACAAUAUUUAAACAUGGCUAUCACAGCAGACAUUACUGUUGGCAUUUGUGUAGACCAGGGCUUAGGACAAGGGAAUCCCCUUGCUGGUUUCCUCAGUCCUCUACAGUCUCUGGUGGUGCUCUUUACAGUGGUAAAGAGCUAUGGCUGCUUAAUCAAAAGGUUGGCUGUUCAAAUCCAUCAGCAGCUGCUUGGAAACUCUAUGGGGCGGUUCUACCCUGCCCUAUAGGAUCACUAUGAGUCAAUCUACUUGAAGGCAACAGGUUUCCCUACAGCCUAAUCUGAGAAUAGGAAAUCCUAAAACCACAUGAUGCCAAAGGCAGAGGACUCAGGCAUUACCUGAAGCCAGCCAUUACAAACCUUCUAUGUUUUGUAUUCAGGAGUUUGCAUUCUCUUAAGAAACAUUAGUCUUUAAUAUGUUUAUUAGUGCUUAACAACCUCAGAUAUUCAAGCAAAAUACAAAGCUUAAAGAAGAUGUACCCUUCUCAUCCUGUGAGUGCACACAGCCCAGCAACAAACACAUUAACUACAGGGUUUGUCCAAAAAUGCCUGUUGCCAUAGACCUCAAGGAAUUUACCAUCUGAGUGAAGCAUGCCCUGAAUAUAAUACAUCUACUGAAUUUUAGAGCUACUAAAUUUAGAGUAACCCCAUUUGUUUUGUAGAUACAGGUGUGCUUGUUUACAAAGCACUUCCUUAAAUUUAGCAGGGGGGACAAUAGCUUGGUUUUAUCAGGAAGUGACGAAAUGAAAUCCGAAACAUUAAAUUGGCUUGCCUCAAGGUCAGGAUAAGGAGCUCUGGUGGUGCAGUGGUUAAGCUCUGGGCUGCUACCCGAAAGGUUGGCAGUUUGAACCCACUGGUUGGCUCUGCAGGAGAAAGGACCUGGAGAUCUGCUUCCAUAAAGGUUACAGCCAAGAAAACCCUAUGGGGCAGCUUUACUCUGU